CACAAAUUUCAAGUUCCGUCAGCCGAAUAAAAUUAUCAAAAAAUCUUCAUUUUGCGAAUAAGUGAAUCUUGGCUGACAUGGAGGCCGAUGACGACUUCGUCCUGGACAAUGAAGCGGCCGAGAUAGAGCGCUUGGAGCUGUCUGCUGCCAAGGAGUGUAAGCCCACCAAUCCCGAAGAGGAGGAUGAGCGCAUAGCUCGCAUCGACUUCCAAUGCUCCGGCUGCGAUAUGCAUGAGCUUGUGCACUAUUUUGGAAGGGAACCGCCCUUUGCAUUGGGUAUUAAGUAUCCCGAGGAUAACUACGUGAUGCGGGAUCCCUUUCAGGCUCCACCACCGCGCUGGCAGGCAAAACCGGAAUUCUACAUUUCUCUGGGAGCCAAGUGCUCCAAUUGUUCCAAGACUGUUUGCAAGGAUUCCGGCUGCAGUUUUUAUUACACGACCACCUUUUGUUUGCCAUGUGGUCGAGAAAACCUCAAAAACUGGCCAGUAGAGGCCCAGGCGCGUCUCCGGAAGCAACUCCCAGCCAGCCAAGGCGACAAAAUUAAACAAAGCUAUAAUUUUUUGAAGCAGGAAUUAUUUAUAGGUAUUAGCGUAUUUUAAAAUUUUAAAAGCGAUUAAGGUGAUUAAGACUCGACUUUGUGUACAUGUUGGCCAUUUACACAUUAUUAUAAUGUUUCUUAAAAAAAUAAAUCUUAGUAACAACAUUA